AUGGCGGAUAUCAAGCCAGAGGAGGUCCAGGAGGGGAACAACGACCAUCUCGUUCAAUCUGACGACCCCCAACAUCCUGCCAAUCUCAUUCCGGAGCUCUGUCGCAAGUUCUACAGCCUCGGAUGGGUCACUGGCACCGGUGGUGGAACUUCCAUCCGCCGCGGUGAACACAUCUUCAUCGCCCCCUCUGGUGUACAAAAGGAACUCAUAAAGCCCGAAGAGAUUUUUGUCCUCUCCUACCCAACCCCAAAAUACCCUCCCGAGGCCCGUAAAUACAUCCGCAAACCUUCCGUCCUGAACCCUUCGGCCUGUACACCCCUCUUCCUCGCUGCUUUCGACCGCGGUGCUGGUUGCUGCAUUCACACGCACUCCCAAUGGGCUGUCCUGGUUACCUUACUCGUUGAGCGUGAGAAGGGGAAAUCCGGCUGCUUUGAGAUCAGCAACAUUGAGCAGAUCAAGGGAAUCCCCAGGGGUAAGGGUAAAGGCAUGCUAGGCUUCUUCGACACGCUAAAGAUUCCGAUUAUUGAGAAUACUGCAUUCGAAGAGGACUUGACUGGAAGUUUGGAGAAGGCCAUGGAUGAAUAUCCAGACACCUAUGCUGUUCUGGUGAGAAGACACGGAAUAUAUGUCUGGGGCGAUAACCCAGCCAAAGCAAAGACGCAGUGUGAGAGUUUGGACUAUCUCUUCCAGCUGGCUGUGCAGAUGCAUGCUCAUGGGCUACCGUGGACCGUCAAUGAUCGUCACAGUAGCCAGCUGGUCAUGGAUCUGGAGGGCAGCGACUCCCCAUGGGGCGAUGUUCCCUCCCACUCCAAAACCCCCGAUGGCAAGGAGCCGGCUAAGGAGACCCAGGCGACUACCCAGCAACCCUCUUCGUCGUCCCUGACAGUCCCUCAAUCACCUCCCACCGCCCGAGGCCCCCGAACUCCCCGUAAGGUCAGCGCACAGGUAGUCAAACUAGAACCAGCAGGAGACGUCCUCGAUCCCCUUGGACCGCUAGGCGAGUCAUCGUCUUUUCCCGUUGCAGACGUUCAGACGCAGGACCAGCGACCUGCACCCCCACGCAAGGAGUCGUUCACAACUCGGAAUGUCCGGCCUACCUCUUCGGCGUCGCAGUCGUCUGGCGCAGCGGGCGUUGCAGCGCUGAUGGAAUCUGUUGAUCUCGAUGAAGAUGGCAAUACGACGCGGGCUAAGAUGACAGGACCCCCACCAGUGCAGCCAGCACCAGCGUCGUCUACAGCAGCAGACUCCGGGCCAAAGCGCCAGAAUCAGAGCAUCAGCGUUGAGCAGGCCGCGAAACCGUCAUUCUAUAUCACUGUUGGAGAUCCGCAUAAAGUCGGGGACAUUACCAGUAGCCAUAUCGUCUAUCAAGUUAGAACAAAGACAACAUCAAAAGCAUAUGUACGGCCUGAAUUCGCUGUUACUAGACGAUACCGAGACUUCCUAUGGCUAUAUACAUCAUUGCACUCUAAUAACCCAGGAAUCGUCGUACCGCCUCCCCCUGAGAAACAGGCAGUGGGAAGGUUCGAUACCAACUUCGUCGAGUCCAGGAGAGCUGCGUUGGAGCGUAUGCUUAACAAAAUCGCGGCCCAUCCUACGCUACAACACGAUGGAGACCUCAAAAUAUUCCUUGAAAGUGAAGCGUUCACCAUGGACGUGAAAAACAAGGAAAACCGCGAGCCAGAUCUUGGACAGAGCAAGGGAAUGUUCAGCUCUCUUGGACUAUCCGCCGUCGACACCGUAGUCGCCCAACGCAAAAAUCUCGCAGAAGCAGCCAGUGACUUCUCUACGUCUCUCCACUCCCUCGCGAGCGUUGAGCUCUCUCCCGCUCUUUCAGGUCCCCUUGACGGCCUCGCCGAAGUUCAGCUCCGGAUCCGCGAGCUCUACGAACGUCAAGCCCAACAGGAUGUCCUGACUCUUGGAAUCACCAUGGACGAAUACAUUCGGCUCAUCGGUAGUGUUAAGAUGGCAUUCACUCAACGUCAAAAGUCAUAUCAUUCGUGGCAUGCUGCUGAGUCAGACAUGCAGAAAAAGAAGAAUACACGGGACAAGCUUCUGAGGCAGGGCAAGUCGCAGCAGGACAGACUUAACCAGGCUCAUGCAGAGGUUGCAGAUGCAGAGAAGAGGGUUCACCAGUCACGAUUGUUGUUUGAGGACUUGGGUAGGGUAAUGCGGAAUGAGUUGGAGAGAUUUGAAAGGGAGAAGGUGGAAGAUUUCAAGUCAGGGGUAGAGACAUUUUUGGAGAGUGCUGUUGAGGCGCAGAAAGAGCUUAUUGAACUGUGGGAAACCUUCCUUCUGCAACUCGACUCCGAAGAUGAGCCAAACCCCCAUCAACCCGAAACCGCUCCAGCUUCUGAAAGCGGACAGGGCCACCAACAUUCUGAAAGCAACGCAUCUGCCACCAGCGCAUCUAGAGACCAGGAAGAAGCCUAA